CAAAUCAUCCAACAUUGUCGUCGCAUCGACUCCGCUGUGAACACUACGCGCUCUGGUAGUGUCCAUUUAAUAAUUGUAAUUAAUUCAAUUGGGAUCACACAUAAUGGCCUUUCGUUUCUCGUCCUUGCUCGCGUUCGGUUGCGCGCUGCUGCUGGUGGCCUCCACUUCGGUGUCCGGUGCUGCCAUCGAGAAUGCGGUGACUCCGCGCAUCCACAGCUCCGAUGAGCUGAUCUCGACCAUUGUGGAUAAGUGCUUCCAUGCCAAUGCCAUGCAUUGCCUCAAGGAGAAGGUGCUCAGCUACCUGGACACGGUGGCCAAUGUGGAGGAGGAGGUCAGUGGUCGUGCCCUGAGCGACGAUGUCAUCGACAAGGUUAUCGUGGACCGUCUGGGUCGCAUUCUGAACACCAAUGAGAUGAGGCUCCAGUUGCCGCAGACCUUCUUUGCUGGCUCCGUGGUUAGCUAUCGCUCAGACCGAGGCUUCGACCUGGAGCUGCCCAAGGAGGAGGGUCGCGCCGAGAAGAAGAACAAGGACAAGCUGUUCCUGCCCCUGCUGCUGCUGAUGAAGCUCAAACUGAAGGUGGUCAUGCCCAUCCUGAUGGCUCUGAUCAGCCUUAAGGCCACCAAGGCUCUGAUUCUGUCCAAGAUCGCCAUCAAGUUGGUGCUCGGCUUCCUGAUCUACAACCUCAUCCAGAAGCUGGGAGGCAUGAAGAUGAACAUGGUGCCCAUGCCAGCCCCAGUGCCGGCCAGUGAAUACGGAGUCCCCAGCACCACGGCCUCGUCGUACGAUCCCAGCAGCUGGGAGCCCAUGAGCGGAGGUCCCUAUGCCCGCUGGGACUCGCAGAACCUGGCCUACAGCUCGUACCACCCCAGCAGCUCGUCGUCCUACUCCUCGGGCUCCUCCUCGGGAUCCUCUGGCUCUUCGUCCAGCUACAGCUCGUCCUCUUAAAUUCGGGGAAUUCAGCCGCCCCGUUGUACAUACCAAGGACACUUGUGUUCCCUCCCAGGAGGAAUCACUGCGAGUCGCACAGACCAAAUGGAACCGGAACCUGCCCAGGCCAUAAUUGUAGUCGUUAAGGGUUAAGCCAUGCGAGAGUUUAAGCCAUUCUUCAGCUGUAACCACUCCCCACUUAGCCUGAUUUUCCCAGUCAUCCUCCUUCACUUUCAUUCGCUGUCAGCAUAUUCUUUUAGUCCUUUUGCCUACGUCACCUCGACACAAAUCGACCAAAAAUCAAACUGAAUUGAAUUUAUAUUUAUUUAAUUUAUUAAAAAUGCAAAAAUUGAAAACUAA